UUUUCUGAUAAUAUAUUGUUGUCGACAUCCAUAUAAAGCAGUUUCUUUUAGAAUCUGCACACAAAUAUAUUGCUUAAUGCUUAGUAGAGGAGUAUUUCUAAAGAGACCUUAAUUUCUUUUCAAUAAAUCUCGUGCACAAUUUUCUUACUCUAACAUCUUUUCUCUUUCUUGGCGAUGAAGAUCUCGUACGCAAUGAGGGCGAGGUCAGAAUUGGGGAGGCUUGGUGAGCUGGUCGAGCAGAGAAGGGAGGUCGUCUGUGACGGAGACGACGACAGGAUUCGGAGGCAUUAUCGACGAUGGUGUUGGCAUUGACUCUCUUGGAGUGGCCCGAUGAGAGAUGUGUGAAGAGAUGAGCCUGUCAGUAUGGUGACCAAAAUGCAUAGAAUUCAUGGUUGUGAUGAAACUCAAUUCGAAACAUACAAAUUGAUCGAAGGGAAUCGAACCCAUGACUGAGACUCAAUUAUGGUUAACCAUUGAGCUACUGUACUUAGUUGGUAUAUAGACGUGAGAAAUAAAAUAUAUAGUUAUUGUAAUUUUUAUUGUUAUUUUACACGUCUUUAUAUGUUUUAAUUAAUGACUCACCGGUUGAAGGAUUGGGUCCUUAAAACAGCACGUACGUUCCGUGUUUUGACUUGUAAUUGUAUCUUUCUCAAUUUUGCUUUGUAAACCAACUCACACACGCAGAUCCAUCGAUUCGUCAACGCGUAAUUUUUGGAAGGAAAAGCCCACCCCCACCCAGGUGAGGUGAGAUGAGAUGAGAUCCCUUAUUAUUGUAUGAUCUGAUCUGAAUAAAAUGAAUUGAAUGUUAAUUGUGUUGAGCAGUGAUGUGCAAUGCAGAGAUCACGUGAAGCUCUUCUACAUAGAAGAAGAGCUAAAACUGGGUCUGGCUAUAAACUCUCUCUCUCAUUGCUUUUUCUUUUGUGGCCUCUAAUCUUCCGCGCUCAUGGUUACCCCGCACCCACAGAGUCUAAUUGGAAGCAAAAUAAGCAAGGACAGUGUAAAACCUCUAAUUUUGCUAAUAAAUGUUUGCUCAAAGAAACUCAUGAUUACAUUCUCCCUGACCCUGAAGAUGCUGAGUCAGUCCCAAAUGAUAGUGAUACUCCCACUAGAGAGGAUGUGCAAAAAUCUGAUCACUUACCUUGGGCUGUGCCUCUUGGUCUUGAUGAAUUCAAGAGCAGGGCAAUUAGUUCUAAAAUUAACUCUGGCACUGCUGGUUCAUCUGGAAGUGUAAUGCAUAGAGUGGAGCCUGGUGGUGCAGAAUACAAUUAUGCUUCAGCCUCCAAGGGAGCAAAAGUAUUAGGUUCUAACAAAGAAGCCAAAGGCGCCUCUAAUAUCUUAAGCGGAGACAAAGAUAAGUAUCUUCGCAAUCCAUGUUCAGCCGAAGAGAAAUUCGUCAUCAUAGAGAUUUCUGAAGAAAUCUUGGUAGAUACAAUACAAGUAGCUAAUUUUGAGCACCAUUCUUCCAAUUUAAAAGCUUUUGAACUUCUUGGCAGUCUGAGCUUUCCAACAGAUGUUUGGGUUUUCUUUGGGAAUUUCACUGCCUCAAAUGUUAGGCAUGCUCAGAGGUUUGUUCUUCAGGAGCCAAAAUGGGUGAGAUACCUAAAAUUGAAUCUUCAAAGUCACUAUGGUUCUGAAUUUUAUUGCACACUAAGCGCAGUUGAAGUUUAUGGUGUGGAUGCUGUUGAGAGGAUGCUGGAGGAUUUGAUACAUACUCAAGAUAAUCUAUAUGCACCUGGAGAUGGUGAUGCUGAUAAAAGGACAGUAUCACCCCAUCCUAAUCCUCCUGAGAGUGAAGAUGUUCAUCAAAAUAAUUUUGGAGAUCCUGCUUCAGAUAUCUCCUCUGCAAAUCAUGAGAAAGUAAAUAGUAAUGUUCCUGAUCCAGUUGAAGAAACCCAUCAACAAGUUGGCAGGAUGCCCGGGGAUACUGUUCUCAAGAUUCUGAUGCAGAAAGUUCGCACUCUAGACUUAAAUUUGUUUGCUUUGGAGCGGUAUAUGGAGGACUUAAAUUCUAGAUAUGUCAAUAUUUUCAAAGAGUACAGCAAAGACAUGGGAGGAAAAGAUAUACUUAUACAGAAUAUCAAAGAUGGCAUUAGGAAUCUCGUUGACCGGCAGGAUGCUAUAACAAAAGGUGCAAGUGAUCUCAAAUCUUGGAAGUCCCAUAUUUCCAUGCAGUUGGAUCAUCUACUCAGGGACAAUGCUGUUUUGAGGUCCGAGGUUAAUGAAGUCCGCAGGAAGCAAACAUCUUUAGAAAACAAGGGUGUGCUAGUGUUCUUAGUGUGUUGUAUUUUUUCAUUGUUAGUUAUAUUACGGCUGUCUCUAGAUAUGGCUACGAGUGUCUAUAGAGUAGUACUGAGUGUUAAUAGAACAGAUUGCUCCAGGAAAUUUUGUGCCGUUAGCUCAUCCUGGUUUCUCCUAUUAUUGAAUUGUAUCAUUGUUAUUUUUAUAUUAACUUUGUGAUAGUCCAUUUUUUAAAUAUGUUGUUAACUUGUGUGA